GAUGAGUUUAUGUUUGUACUUUUAGAAACAUAUUCUUAUGUGACUCCAAAGAAGUGAUACGUUUUUCUAAGUGCGUACCCAUUGAGGGCCAUGGAAUAGUGUGUUACACAGAGUACGCGCACCGUAAGGUGCUGCAGCACAAACGAAUAAUCAUGGAGUUUUUUCACAAUGUUGUUUCAACAACAACCCUUUUAUCUUCGGUGGUUUGGGUCAUACAAUCUAUCGAAAACAAUGGUGGACUACCAAAUAAACUUGCAGUGGCUGGAAGAUGCCACCCUGUUUCCUAUUGAGCCGAUUAACUACCCACUCAACUUCGAUGACUUGAUACUUAAUGGCAAGGCAAAUAAUGAAGUGGGUGAAACCAUUUCUGGUCUCUGUGACCUGAAAUGGCUAGAUGAGAAAGUUGACCUGUCUGUCUUUGAGGACCCUAAUUGUUUGCUGUUUCAUCCAAAUGACACGGAAACGUCGAUGGUGGAGGAGGCAGCGAAUCUGCUAUUAGGAUCAACAGAUAGUAACUUCGACACUUCAUGUUUGCCUUCUGAUACAAUUAAGAAUGAAGAAACAAGCAAUAAUGAUGUAUUAACAGAUUUUAAUAUAGAUUUUCAACCUGCAGUUUCUUCACCUGGUAGCUCUGAUUCAUAUCUUGGAUCUCCUUACAGCUCAGUACCUCAAGCGUUUUCACCUGUAAGCCCGUAUUCUGAAAUUCCAGAAUCUCCAGUAGAAUCUGCUGCUGAUUCUGUAGAAGUCCCAGCUGAAUCAUUUUCUUUUGAUUCUAUAGAGGUUCCAAUAGAACCUAUUUAUCCUGUCAAUGCUGCAUCGCCUCAUUUUGAGAGCAGUCAUAGCAAUGCACCUUCUGUAAUUUCUGUUACAGUGUACGAUUCAGAUUGUAGUAACUUUGUUGCAAAAUCAGAUGAGGUACUGAGCAUUGAAGAAAUAUCAAAAUCUGUAAGGAGUAAAAAAUAUGAAGCUGAUGGCAAAACAAUACCAAAAGUACAUGUUUUUCUGAAGAAUUCAUUCCAUCCAUACGCAGCAGCAUCUCAGAAAAAAGAAUCACGCCAAGAGAGAAAGAAAGUGCAGAACAAGGAAGCUGCUGCACGUUAUCGCAUCAAAAAGAGAAUGGAAGAAAAGGAGCUGUUAGAUGAAGUAACAGAUUUAGAAUCUGAGCAGAAAAAAUUAAAAGAGAAGCAUGAUGAAUUAAAAUCAGAAAUAAAGUAUUUAAAAUCUUUAAUGCGAGAAAUGUUGCAAAAAAAGGGCAUAUUAUAAAAAAAGUCAUAACUGUAGUUGCAUGUUAAUAUCGUCAUCUGUAGUUGGGUAGUAAAUGGGCUCAUUUGCAUUGUAUACUCAACCACUUGUAUUUUAUUUGUAUGUCUCAUUUUUGUAAUAUUUAGUUUAUUAAAAAUGUAGGAAAGGUUUUA